UUCAACUUAUCAUACAUGUUAUUUUGAAAAAUAAACGUAAAUAUUCUUGAUGAAAUCGUACCAUUAUAAUUGUUUUUAUAUGACAUGUACCUAAAGUAGUAAUACUUAUUUAUAACAAUGGAAAUACAAUUUGGUCCGAAUGCUAUCGAUGAGCCGAGUUUGCUCUACAAGCUUCAACGUAAAAUCAAAGUAUUUAAUACGAAUAAUCCUUUACCAAAUCGUGGAUACAACUUAGUAGCUUGCACUAGUAGAUAUGGCAUAGUAUUUGUAGCUUCACCGAAUGCUAUAUUAUCUGUUUAUUAUCUUCAAGAAUUGAUCGACAAAGAAUGUGAACCACAGCAUUUAUCUGUUAAUCUUCUAAUAGAACCUAGCCAUAUAGCUGUAAACUGUAAUCAAGAAUGGUUAGCUGUUAUUGGUGGACAAUCAUUACUUGUUUAUAAAUGCAUGGACUUUCAUAAUGCAGAUAUAAGACCAUCUGUGUCAAUUAAAUGUGAUGUACAUCCAUCAACAUUUGUGUCAGCAUUACAAUGGAAUCCAUGCCUACCAGAUACUCUAGGAAUUAUAUUCUUUGAUGGCACUUUGCUUAUAAGUCAGAUCAGCACAAUGCAAGUUAAGAAGGUACAAUCGAAUGCAAGAUGUUUAUGCUGGAGUCCUAAAGGCAAACAGAUUGUAACGGGCAACAAUGAUGGCACACUUACUCAAUACAAACCAGACUUGUCUCCUAUGAAAAUGGUUCCUACUCCAAAAUUGUUCGAUGGUAGUCCCGUUGAAGCUUUAGCUAUUUACUGGAUCUCCACUUACCAGUUUGCUGUAGCAUAUAGAAAUUCGUCUGAUAAUAGUCGUCCAGUUGUUACUAUAGUAAACACUCCCAAAGGUGGUUCACCCUCGUGUUAUAACUAUGACGAUGUUUGCUACAGCAUGGGCGCCAAUAGACCCUGGUAUUAUUAUCUACAAGGACUUGCGCAAUGGAAUAUAAUUAUUUCAUCAUCAUCGAAUAGUAUGGAAAUAGCAACUUUAUCAACAACAGAUGGAUCGAAUUGGAUUCAAUGGUGUCAGACCGAUGAAGCCAGACCUGAACUACCGUUGACUGAUAAAAGACAAGAGAACUACCCAGUCGGUAUUUGUAUUGAUACAGCAGCCAUUCAUCAGCUACCUUGGGGAGAAAACGAAACUCUUCCACCGAUGCCGCUCCUCCAUGUUGUAUCUCAAACUGGACUGUUAUCUAUUUACAAUAUUGUAAAUCUGAAUAAAUCGGCACCUCAAUUAUGUACGCCACCUCAACCUAUAGCAUUGCCAGCAAAUGCUUUGACAAGAAAUAUUCCGGAUGAUGUACCGUCGCAACCUGAACCGCCACCAGUGGCUGCCCAGCCAAAGCAGCAAGUUGUACAACAGCAAACAUUGAUGCAAUCACAGCAAGUUAUACAACAGCAGUCUGUCGUACAGUCGCAACCGAUUAUGCAACCGCAACCGAUAAUACCAGAACCUCAAAAGCAACCAACUGUUAUAGCACCCAUGAAGACGAUACCACAGCAACAAACUAGCCUAUCGUUCAUUUCAACCAGUUUACAAAUGACUAAAGAACCAACACCGCCCGCUGUCGCUGAAGCUCCAAUCUCAGUGCCUCAACCAAAGCCAAGUGCUCAAGCGCCGAAACAUCCAGCGGUUCCAUCGCCUGAAAUAAGUGCCGCACUGAAAUUAGAACAAGAAAGAAUUAUCAAAGCUAAAGCGAACCAGGAAUUGAAGAAUAUGCUGAUCAAAGAAGUGAAUGAUUUUCAAAUGGAAUUGUACAAUUUUAUGAAACUAGCACAAGAGAACCGAGAUAAGUUUACACGAGACAUUCAAUCGAUUAAUUUGGACGUAGAAAUGAACAUGAAUGUAGAAACUUUGAAAAAAGAAUGUGACAUAGAAGAUCUACGUGACAACGUGACGCAGCUCAAGUUAGAACUUGUCCGCGCAUGCGCAGUCGUCGCCGAGUCGAGGACGUUGGCUGAAGCGAAAGAUCACCAAGAAUGGACUCAAAUGGAUCCACUAACAGCGAAACGAAUAGCGUCUGUAAAGAAACUAGCGUACUACGUCCAGAAUCAGCUAGAUCAAGCACUUAAAGCGCUUGAUUUCAAAUGGAACGAAAUUGAUGCAAGAGAUCAGUUCAGCAAAACCGGAGAACGAAUGAUUCGUCCAAUAUUAGACGAUGUGUACCAGCCUCUAGUGAAACAGCAGGAAAUACUGUGUCGUCAGCAAGCCGAACUCAAGACAUUAAGAAAAGCUAUGAACGAAUGUAAUUUUACACCAAUGUUUAAAUCGACGUCUCUUUUACGAAGCACACCUUUUAAAAACAAAGACCCUCUCUCAAAACUAACUAAAAAUAUUCUUAAUAUGAGCAUUGAACCUCAAAACAAGGCAAAGGAACAAGUACUUAAUUCCCAAAAGUUAGACGCACUUCGUGAUAUGUUAUCGAACCACAAGCCAAUCAAAAUUAAACCGGUCAACCUGGAAAUAACACAACACCUGGAAACUCUGAAGCAGAGAUACGCAAAUAGUAUUAAAGAGAAAAAAGAAAAGAAACAUCAACAGAUGCCAAUAAAAAUUGAACCCAAAACAGAAUUCGUAGCGCAAAAAGAUAUCCAAAAAGAAAAAUCGUCUGAAAAAAAUACUAAACCACAAUUUCCAUCAUUCACUCAAAUGCCGAUAAAAACGGAACAGCAAAAACCUAUCGCCCCUGCUCUUAAUACACAAAACUUCACUCAGAAGUUAACGAAUGUGCAGCCAAUGAAGAGUGACGUCAAUAUAUUUAUGUCGCAAAAAAUCGGUGCUCCGACUGCUUUCGCUUACGCCCAACCGACUGCAUUGGAGUCGAAACCUGAUAUAGUGAAGGAAUCACCCGUUGUUACACCUUCUUUCACGCCAGCGACUAAUUUGAAACCCGUUAAAGCUGCUAGUGUCGCCAGGACAUUGUUUACUGAUAAUACUGAUUCAAAUGAAAAACCUUCAGAAUCACCUUUCUCGAAGCCGCCCGGCCAAGGGAUCGAACAAGCACCAGUUCAACAACAGAAACUAUCGCCUAUGACACCAGAUACAAAAAGCUUACUAAGAAAAAUGAUACUCAAAAAUGGUGCAGGCACCGUAGAAAGUACGCAACAAGCUGCUGAACCAAAGAACGAUGCUAAUACGUUUAUGGGACAAAAUAUUUGUUCGCCUACCGCGUUCAGCUUUUCAAAACCACCGACAGCCGCUGCGCCAGCAGCUGUAUUCGCUUCAAAGCCCACUGCUGAUACGACUAACAUAUUCACCAAGAAUCAAGGUCAAACAUCCGAAGCCACAGUUUCUUCAACCGCUAAUCCAAAAUCUGAGGAAACAGGUGAACCAGAAGCUAACACAGCUUCAUCUAAAGUGAAUAAACCCAAAGGAGAGAAACCAAUAACAAAUAUGUUCAGCUUAAAAUCCCCGUUGGUCAGUAAAAAUCAAAAUGUGCCCGAUGUUUUGAAGAGCAGCAGCCAAGGAUUUACUUUCGGUAAAACUGAACCCAAAGCUAUCGCUAAGUUAGCCGAAGACAAGUCUAAGAAGAAUGUUCCAGAAAAACCUAAAGAAAACGUUCAGCAUAAACCAGAAACAGAUAAUAAAAAUGACAAUGAACUUAAACCGUCUUUAGCAGCAAUGGCGAGCAAAACUCCAGCACAGUCUGUUAUAAUAGUUGAUCUCAAGAAACCUGCUGCUGAAGCUAAAGUGGAAAAAGUAUCCCCAUCUAUUUUCGCUGGGACCACAAUCUCACCUCCUCCUACAGCUUCUAAACCGCAAGUGGAUCCUGUUUCGCCUGUGCCGCCUGUUGUGCCUGAACAGACAUCAGUACCAUUUACAUCCGCAGAAAACUUAUCAAAACAAAUUACAAUUACUACCACGCCAUCUACACCGCCUGUGGUUGAACAAGCUGCAGAACAAUCACCCCAAAUUAUAGCUACAAGUACACCACCACCUAAGCCAUUAGAAAUCAAUGAAAAUAAAGAGGAUUCGCAAACAGACACCAUCGCUAGUCAGUCAGAUAACACUGUGACAAAUGUUACAGAUAAUGUUUUCAGUGCAGCCUCUACAGAAACAACAUUUAGUGCAUCAACUACUUUAACUACAACAACAAGCGAAUCCAAACCAAUAGAUUUUAGUACGCCCGCAACAACAACAUCUGCAUCAGUAUUUUCAAGCACGCCACAGACCUUUACAUCGCAACCGCCAGCAUUUGCACCAAAUGCGUCGUCGGUUUUCGCAUCAGCUUCAGCCGCUGCGUUUGGUCCUCAAACUACUCAAGCCUCUAUAUUUGGUACGGCGACAUCAACAUCGAGUAUAUUCGGAUCUACGACUUCUUCGUCUAUAUUUGGUUCUCCUUCCGCUCAAAGUAUAUUUAGUGCUGCCGCUUCGAAAUCUGUAUUUGGUAACGCUCCAGCGUCGACGACACAGAGCAUAUUUGGCACAUCGCCGACCACUACACAAGCGUCUGUGUUUGGAACUAAUCAAUCUGUGUUUGGAACGUCACCUACUCCGAGUCCAGGUUUUGGAACACCGUCGACUCAGGCGUCUAUAUUCGGAACUCCUCCACCAGCGACACAAACGUCUGUGUUUGGAACUCCAACGCAAACGACACAAGCAUCAGUAUUUGGCUCACCGACGGCCGUCACUCAAGCGUCCAUAUUCGGAACACCUGCCACUACAGCACAAAGUGGAUCACUGUUUGGCAACGCUGAGUCUAAUUUGUUCGCCAGUGCAAGUAUAUCGACUACAAACGCUCCUUCGCAGACAAGUGGAGGAAAUAUUUUUGGAUCAUCAUCCAACUCAGUUUUUGGCAGCAAUAAUACGAAUGUAUUUGGUAGUAAACAAGGUUUCACUGGAGCGAAUCCUGUCGCGGCUAGCAUUUUCAGCGGAGGUGGAGCAGCCUUCGGUCAGAAGCCGGCCACUGACUUUUGGAGCGGUGGCAAUACCAAUGCUUUUGGAUCUUCCGGUUUUGGUCAACAACAACCAACGACCCAAGCGUCUUCGAUAUUCGGAAAUUCGGGUGGUAGCUUCAGUGCUCCCUCCGCUCAGCCUUUCGGUAGUCCGGGCCCGUUCAGCGGUGGCGAAACUAAAUCUGUGUUCGGAUCGCCUCCACAACAACAACAAACAGCGCCGGGAGCGUUUGGAGGAUCACCUGUAUUUGGAACGAAGCCAAUGUUCGGGGGGCAACCCGGUUUUGGUUCUUCGGCGUUUGGUGGUUUUAACAAGAGCCCUAAUAGUGGAUUUGGUGCACCCGCCUCAUUCGGAGGGACUGGCUUCGGAGGGUCCACCUUUGGAAAUACAUCACCGAGUAAAGGUUUCGGAAAUGCUUCUCCUAACUUCGGGUCACCGACACAGUCGAACGCCACCUUCGAGAGUCUAGCGACGCAGAACACGCUGACGUUCGGCAACCUGGCGCAGCAGUCGGGGCAGGCGCCGCAACCCGCGCCCACCUUCAACGCAUCGCCAUCGUUCACGGGUUGGCGAGGCUGAUGAUUGUAUUACAAGGAACGUGCUACGAGAAACAAGCAGUAAAUGGACAUUAGAAUGGAAAUAAAACAGUUGAAAGUGCUUAAGACAAAUUAUAAUAGAUGUGACAUUAACAAAACCCUUGAGAUGAUUCGAAAUUUAAAUUGCAAAACUUUGAUUCUAUCUAACUUUGAUCUUUGUUUUAACGGAAUUUUGUACACUAGACCGUAUUGUAACAAGCAACAAAAGUGUAAACUUAUUUUUUUACACUGCUUUAAAAUUCAGAGUGGCUCAACAAUAUUGUCAAAGCGAUUACGAACUUCGCUUUCUUCUAAAUCAAUUGUUAAUCAAUUCGAAAUAAAAUAUUGUCAAUUGUUGGUCACGUGAUACAUCGAAUUCAUUUUUGGUAAUUUCGUCAAACAAAUUCGUCAAAUUCACUUUGUCCAUAUUUAUUGUUAUGUAGAUUGAGUUGACCGACAUAAACAGAUAAAAUAAAAUGAAAGCUUUUAAUAUAAUUAAUUGGGUUUUGUUUAUGUUAAUAUCACUUAUUAUUUUAGUAAUAUUUCCAACUGAAUAAUGUAUAAAAUCAUUGUAUUGUAUUUUGUGAAAUUCAAAUAAAAAUUAAUA